GGAGGGGUAGGACGCGUUGGUCCCGCUCAUGACUCCGCAGCUGCUGCAGUAGCCGCAGCGUCGGGACCAGUCGCUCAGCCCGCGCCGCCGUCCUUUCCGCUUUACCGCGCGGGUGUUCGAGCAGCGCCGAACACGCUUCAGCACCUCGGACAGCGUCCGCCGCGCUCGCCCCAGGCUCCUGGAGGACUCGCGGGUGCUUGACCGCCCGGGCGGCCCGCGGGUCGUACACCGGGGUCGUCGCACUCGCGCAACCCAGAACCAGGCCCGCCGCGCCCGGAGCUCAUGAGCACCAUGCACCUGCUGACAUUCGCCCUGCUUUUUUCCUGCUCCUUCGCCCGCGCCGCCUGCGACCCCAAGAUCGUCAACAUCGGCGCGGUGCUGAGCACGCGCAAGCACGAGCAGAUGUUCCGCGAGGCCGUGAACCAGGCCAAUAAGCGACACGGCUCUUGGAAGAUACAGCUCAACGCCACCUCUGUCACCCACAAGCCCAACGCCAUACAGAUGGCCCUGUCAGUGUGUGAGGACCUCAUCUCCAGCCAGGUCUAUGCAAUCCUAGUUAGCCACCCGCCUACCCCCAACGACCACUUCACCCCCACUCCCGUCUCCUACACAGCUGGUUUCUAUAGAAUCCCUGUUCUGGGACUGACGACCCGAAUGUCCAUCUACUCUGACAAGAGCAUCCACCUGAGCUUCCUACGGACGGUGCCGCCCUACUCCCACCAGUCCAGCGUCUGGUUUGAGAUGAUGCGCGUCUACAACUGGAACCACAUCAUCCUGCUGGUCAGCGACGACCACGAGGGCCGGGCGGCGCAGAAGCGCCUGGAGACAUUGCUGGAGGAGCGUGAGUCCAAGAGUAAAAAAAGGAACUAUGAAAACCUCGACCAACUGUCCUAUGACAACAAGCGCGGACCCAAGGCAGAGAAGGUGCUGCAGUUCGACCCGGGAACCAAGAAUGUGACGGCUCUGCUGAUGGAGGCCCGAGAACUGGAAGCCAGGGUCAUCAUCCUAUCUGCGAGCGAGGACGACGCUGCCACCGUGUACCGCGCAGCCGCGAUGCUGAACAUGACGGGCUCUGGGUACGUGUGGCUGGUGGGGGAGCGCGAGAUCUCGGGGAACGCCCUGCGUUACGCCCCAGACGGCAUCAUCGGACUGCAGCUCAUCAACGGCAAGAACGAGUCGGCCCACAUCAGCGACGCUGUGGGCGUGGUAGCGCAGGCAGUCCACGAGCUGCUAGAGAAGGAGAACAUCACCGACCCGCCGCGGGGUUGCGUGGGCAACACCAACAUCUGGAAGACAGGACCACUGUUCAAGAGGGUACUGAUGUCUUCCAAGUAUGCCGACGGAGUGACUGGCCGUGUGGAAUUCAAUGAGGAUGGGGACCGGAAGUUUGCCAACUAUAGCAUCAUGAACCUGCAGAACCGAAAGCUGGUGCAAGUGGGCAUCUACAAUGGCACCCAUGUCAUCCCAAACGACCGGAAGAUCAUCUGGCCUGGGGGAGAGACAGAGAAGCCUCGAGGGUACCAGAUGUCCACGAGGUUAAAGAUAGUGACAAUCCACCAAGAGCCCUUUGUGUACGUCAAACCCACACUGAGUGAUGGGACAUGCAAGGAGGAAUUCACGGUUAACGGUGACCCAGUCAAGAAGGUGAUCUGCACGGGGCCUAAUGACACAUCGCCAGGCAGCCCACGCCACACGGUGCCUCAGUGCUGCUAUGGCUUCUGCAUUGACCUGCUCAUCAAGUUGGCACGGACCAUGAACUUUACCUACGAGGUCCACCUGGUGGCAGAUGGCAAGUUUGGCACACAGGAGCGGGUAAACAACAGCAACAAAAAGGAGUGGAAUGGGAUGAUGGGAGAGCUGCUCAGUGGUCAAGCAGACAUGAUUGUGGCACCACUGACCAUCAACAAUGAGCGUGCACAGUACAUAGAGUUCUCCAAGCCCUUCAAGUACCAGGGCCUGACCAUUCUGGUCAAGAAGGAGAUUCCCCGGAGCACGUUGGACUCGUUCAUGCAGCCCUUCCAGAGCACGCUGUGGCUGCUAGUGGGGCUGUCAGUGCACGUGGUGGCUGUAAUGCUGUAUCUGCUGGACCGCUUCAGUCCAUUUGGCCGGUUCAAGGUGAACAGUGAGGAGGAAGAGGAGGAUGCACUGACCCUGUCCUCUGCCAUGUGGUUCUCCUGGGGUGUCCUGCUCAACUCUGGCAUUGGGGAAGGUGCUCCCCGGAGCUUCUCUGCACGGAUCCUAGGCAUGGUGUGGGCUGGUUUUGCCAUGAUCAUCGUGGCUUCCUAUACUGCCAACCUGGCAGCCUUCCUGGUGCUGGAUCGGCCUGAGGAGCGUAUCACAGGCAUCAAUGACCCCAGGCUCAGAAACCCCUCGGACAAGUUCAUCUAUGCAACUGUGAAGCAGAGUUCCGUGGACAUCUACUUCCGGAGGCAGGUGGAGCUGAGCACCAUGUAUCGGCACAUGGAGAAACACAACUACGAGAGCGCGGCCGAGGCCAUCCAGGCUGUGCGGGACAACAAGCUCCACGCCUUCAUCUGGGACUCAGCGGUGCUGGAGUUCGAGGCAUCGCAGAAAUGUGACCUGGUGACGACGGGCGAGCUGUUCUUCCGCUCAGGCUUCGGCAUCGGCAUGCGCAAGGACAGCCCCUGGAAGCAGAAUGUUUCCCUGUCCAUACUCAAGUCCCAUGAGAAUGGCUUCAUGGAAGAUCUGGAUAAGACAUGGGUUCGGUAUCAGGAAUGUGACUCCCGCAGCAAUGCUCCUGCGACUCUCACUUUUGAGAACAUGGCAGGGGUCUUUAUGCUGGUGGCUGGAGGCAUCGUGGCUGGGAUCUUCCUGAUUUUCAUCGAGAUCGCCUACAAAAGACACAAGGAUGCCCGUAGGAAGCAGAUGCAGCUGGCUUUUGCAGCAGUGAACGUGUGGAGGAAGAACCUGCAGGAUAGAAAGAGUGGUAGAGCAGAGCCCGACCCUAAAAAGAAAGCCACAUUUAGGGCUAUCACCUCCACCCUGGCCUCCAGCUUCAAGAGACGUAGGUCCUCCAAAGACACGGUAAGGGGGAAGCACCCCAGUCCCGCGUCUCUGACUCCUCCCUUGCCCCAUGUCUGUCCUCCCUCACCAUCCCACCCCUGUCCCCACCUCCAACCCUGGCCAUCCGUGCCGAUGCCCCGAGUCAGUCCAUCACCCACCCUCCACCCAUACAAGGGUGCCGUCCUUUAGAACUCUCCAGAACUCUCCUCAAGCCCUCACUGGUCCUCAGCUUCCCCCAUGUGUCUCCACGUUAGUCUGCCCACCUCCCUCCCCAUGCCAUGACCCACACACCAUCUGGAAGCCAUGUCAUGUUGUUGGUCAGUCAGUCAGCCUCACCAUCUCUCUGGGCUACCCAGACCCUGGGAACUAGAGUAGCCCUGUCCCAGGUUGUCCCUGCCAGGAUGCCACACCACGUCUGUUUCAUCCCUGUUUCUCUUGCCUCCACAAGGGGCUUGAGGCCUCGUUCUUGCUCUGCAACAGCUCUGGAGGGUGUAGCUGUGAUGUCCCAUCCCGUCCGUCUGUCUGGCCACUGGCCCCGCCCCCCAGACACCUGUCUCACCUGUCUCACCAGAGCCAUGCGUGUUGCAUCUUCCAUGUGGUCUCUGUGUGGGCCGGGGGCUGGGGGCUGGGCCUGGGUCCAUCUGGGUGGACGACUGGGGCCUAGCAUUGGCACUGACCCUUGGUCACAGGGAGACCGUCAGGUGGGCAGUGGGGUGGGGCCAAGUUGAACAGGUCCCUGAUGGAGGUGUGGCAGCAGCGCUCAGGUGAUCUGAGCAUAGACAGGGUGUCCCUGAAAACCCUGGCCUGAACACACAAGGCAACACUCAGAGGGAGGCCCAGGAAGGGGAGACUAAGACCAGUGUUUCAGCUCAGACCCCCAAGCACUGCCACAUGGCCAUCGUCAGAACCAUACCAUCUGCCUUCAGAACCCUGUCCCCUGCCGUGGGCAGCACGCCACCAAACCAGAAAUGCAUACUCAAAAGAAAGUCUUCCAAAGAAUCCCCAGUUUGCUAGUCACCCUGGUCGUAGCCAAGAAGCAGCCCCUCUAGCCAGUGUCACCCACAAGGGGCUUGUGUCCCAUGAGGAAUCUGGAUUUGUGGCAAAGCCCUAUGCUCAGGAAGAAAGACACACAGACAGGAUUUGGUGCAGAGCAAUCGAACUUCCAGGCUCAGACUACUCGAGUGCUCCAGAGAGACCUAUGAGGCAUGGCUGCUCAGUUCUCUGAGGGCCCUGGUACAGAAAGAGUGGAUGAAGCCGAAGGGUCUGUGGGCUGCACCACCGUGAGGCUCCAGGAGCUGGUGCAAAGACAGCCUCCAGGGUCUCCCAGACCAGGGAGAGAGGGCACGGCCUAUGUUACCUACAAGAUCUGAGCCAGGAUUCCCACAAGGGGCUGCCGGGGAGGGAGAGCAGGGCCGAGGGCGCUGUGGGCAGAA